UUAUUUUCUGUAACACCAUUUAACUGUAAACAAACAUGGUCCUAAGUAAACAGUUGGAAGUUUGAACUGACCAUCAAUAUUUGAGUAUGUGCAGAUAACCUAUUGGCCAUCAAGAUACCCACAUUAUAUGGUAGUGACGUUAAAAUUUUAAUAUGCAUUGAGUUUAUUUUUUAGUACACCAUUCAGUACUUUAUUUUUAUAGCUUUAUAUAUUUAUGUACUUAGCUGGAUGUAGAAAAUAUCUUAUCUUAGAUAUGGAAUAACUUGAGUGAGUCAACAUCUUCUAUCUUUAAUACUUGAAUAAUUACUAUCCACCGGUAAUCAUUUAUAGGAAGAAAAACUAUCUUUAUGGAUGGAUUUAUUAACUUAUCAUAACAAAAAAAAGAGAGAAAAACAACAAGAAAUAUAUGCAUUUAGUGCCAUAUAAGAUUCAUUUUUGGUAAGUGCUUUGGUGACUGUACUAACAAUUAUUGAUGUGCAAUGACUCUUUCAAUAUUUGUUGACAACGAAGAUCCUCUUGUGGACGAAGAGAUAAGAAUUAUAGUGAAAGGUUUACAGAAGAAACAAUUAGUGACAGUGAGGGCAGAGGUCAAUGAGAAAGGUCAAGUGUUUGCAGGAAGUGGAUGUUUUGUAGCAGACGACAAUGGUUUAGUUGAUGUAUCUAGGCAGCCGUCCACAAAUGGAACUUACAAAGGUAUUUCACCUAUGGGAUUGUUUUGGAGCAUGCAAAGUACUCCAAAUAUGCCUCCUGGGCUUAGACUUAUAAAAAACAAUGCUGCCACACCACUUCUAACCGAACUUACAGUAUUUCUUGGUCAUCUUACAUUCAAACAAACAUACGGUGAUAAUAUAAUGCCAGUGUUGCAGAAGACAAUAAAGAGAUGGUACAUGGGAAAAGAUGUUCAGAAAAUUACAGUGCAAACUGGUCGAUUACGAGGCACAUUGUUUCUCCCGCCUGGUAAAGGACCUUUUCCAGGUGUAAUUGACAUGUUCGGUGUAGUGGGUACCUGCGUAGAAUUUAGGGCGGCUCUUUUAGCUUCCAGAGGAUUUGCAGCAUAUGCUUUACCAUACUUUUUAUAUGAUGAUUUACCAAAGGAUUUGAGUGAAAUUGAAUUUGAAUAUUUCAUGGAAGCAGUUGACUGGUUAUCAGCCCAUCCUCAUGUUGAUGGAGACAAUAUAGGUAUAAUUGGUGUAUCCAAGGGCGGAGAAUUAGCGCUGCAUAUGGGAUAUUACAGUGAUAAGGUUAAAUCUGUUGUUUCAAUCAAUGGUGCUCCAUUUUUGUCUAUUAUGCCAAUGAAAUAUAAAGGAAAUUACAUUGGACAUUCGAGAUUUGAUGCUGAUGAUUACACAGUAACUGAUGAAGGGAUCUCAGCUUUGAACACUAUGGACUGUGAAAUAGAAAAUUACUUACCGAUUUGGGAGAAAGAUGUACAUGUGCUCCUUAUAGGGGGUCAGGACGAUUUAGCAUUAAAGACAAAAUUUUUACCUAAUACAUAUGACUGCUAUCCAGCAGACAGGAAACAUUUGUGUGAGUUACGAAUGUACCCCGGUGCCGGUCACCUGAUAGAGCCGCCGUACGCUCCACUAUCUAGGACAACUAUGAAACAUAGCAGAGGAGUUGGUGGAGAUUAUGGCAAACACAUUUUACUUUGGGGAGGGGAAACAGUUGCUCAUGCACAUGCCCAAGAAGAUUCAUGGAAACGAAUCCUUAAUUUCUUUAGCACUACACUGUCCAAAAAAGACCAUGGUACAGCCAACAGCAAAUUGUGAUGAAACGCUAAUGUCUAAGGGAAAGAACUGUGAUAGCAUGUUUUAUAUAAGGUUGAUAUUUAUUAUCCCCCUUAGGUUGAUUUAUAUUUGCUGCUGAUUACGGACAUUUACCAAAUAUUUUACAAAAGAAAUGAUAUUGUGAGAAAUUUGAGAAGUUAUUCUGAAGUAAAAAUGCUGAAAAUGA